UGGUCUUCUCCUUUUCCAGCGCUUUCUCUUACCCUAACUGCAGUAGUAAUUUCCAUUUACUUACUCACACUCAGAUAUUCUGCUUUCAGAAAAUGGAAUUGAACUCUCGACUUGUAUGUAACUCUACCUCCGAUUUCGCAGAUAAUCGUUGCGAAAUGCCUGAGGACAACGAUUCUGCUUCUACCUCGACAUCAUCUUCUUUUUGCUCUCCACGUUAUGCUGAGAUAUGGAAUUGUUUAUGGUUUCCUUUUCUGAUUUCUUUUUCGAAAGAGCUGACUUAUGCGAAGGCUCAGACAAUUCUCCUCCCUGGAGAGUCUAGACUUGAUUCCUCGAGCUCCUUCAGUUGUUCGUCUCCUGAUCCGACUCUGUAUUUUAGACCGGUGAUCGGAAUUUUGAGCCAUCCUGGUGACGGCGCAUCUGGAAGGCUUAACAAUGAUUCAAAUGCUUCGUAUAUUGCUGCCUCGUAUGUGAAGUUUGUAGAAUCUGCUGGUGCUCGUGUUAUUCCUCUCAUCUAUAAUGAACCACGAGAAGUCCUCCACCAAAAGCUCAGUCUGGUCAAUGGAGUGCUCUUUACUGGAGGAUGGGCCAAAAGUGGUUUGUACUAUGAGAUUGUACAGGAAAUUUUUGAGAAACUUUUAGAGAGAAACGACUUGGGAGACCAUUUUCCUUUGGUUGCGACUUGCUUAGGCUUUGAACUUCUAAGCAUGAUCAUCAGCAAGGAUGUUAACUUUCUUGAAAGGUUUAAUGCAAUAAAUCAACCAUCUACUCUUCAAUUCACACAAAACACAAAAAUUGAAGGCACGGUGUUUCAAAGAUUUCCUCCAGAUCUACUUAAAAAAUUGACUACAGAUUGUAUUAUCAUGCAAAACCAUCAAUAUGGUGUAUCACCUGAAAAGUUUCAAAAGAAUCCUUCUCUAUCCAGUUUUUUCAAAAUCUUGACAACCAGCACAGAUGAAGAUGAUAAGGUCUAUGUGUCAACUGUUCAGGCACGAAACUAUCCUGUGACUGGCUUCCAGUGGCAUCCAGAGAAAAAUGCAUUUGAAUGGGGCUCGUCAAAGAUUCCACACACAGAAGAUGCAGUUCAAGUGACUCAACAUGUGGCCAACUUUUUUAUCAGUGAAGCAAGAAAGUCCUUAAACAGGCCACCUGUGCGAGAGGUGCUUGCCAACCUCAUUUACAAUUACAGUCCUAGUUACUGUGGAAAGGCUGGGAGGGGAUUUGAUGAAGUUUAUAUUUUCUCUUAAUCUUCGACCCCAAAUUCUAAUUUUUUGUUACCUAUGUAUUUAGUGAAUGCAGUCCGAAUGUAAAACUGCCUUUGAGAUGGACUGUUGGACUGUGGAAAGUUUAGAUUUAUUAAAUGGGGUUUAAUGUUAGUGAAACUGUAUUAGCUCUUCCACUUCGAAGAACCUAGCUUGCAUGGAACCCAUUUUGGCCUUAA